AUGGCUCAGGUACUCACAUCAGUCAUCCAGACGACAGGACCUCAUACAAUGUCAUACUCGCCGUCCGAUGCCUACAAAAACACAAACAAUCAUUCCACCCAGCAACAGCCGCGAGCGUCGCAGAUGCCGCGCAACCAACAUGGCGGCAAUUCUGGAGCUACAGGAUACAGAGGAACGGCCGCGCCCAUAGCCCCGUAUGCCUUUAGCAGCACGCCCCAGCUGCGCCAGGAGAACAGGUCCGUCUCGGCUCCCGCUCCUCAGCCUGCCCAGCAGUCUUCCAAUCCCGCCAACCAGGCUCGUCUGGGCCACCCUUCGCACCCUUCCUCCUCGUCCGACUCGACCGUAUCCACCUCUGGCUCUUCCAAUCGCUCGUCGGCUGGGCCGUCUGGCACCACCAGAGACGACGCCGAUGCCAAGAAAUCCGCCGACAGCAUGGCGCCAUCCAUCACGCUCUCGACCAGCAAUCUCGAUCUGUCCCUGUCCAUCGGCGAGUCGCCAGUGAAGCCGUCGCCGGGCCGCUAUCGACGUGGCGCGGGAAGGACAGAGUCGUCGAAUAGCGUACCCACGGGCUCCACUACCCCAACACAGCGCUCCACUUCUGGAGGAAUCCCACAGACGACGACAUCUUCACAGCCCACGCCAAAUGGCAGUGUAGAAGCUGCCGGUUCGACAACGCCGCCCAAGCCCGCCCACAGCCGAGCCAAUAGUGCCGAUGAAACGCAAAUUGUUCGCCCAGGCGGCAUGGAUCCCGCCAAGCGAUACAGGAGACGCAGUUUCAACGGACUAGAGGGCGAAGCCAUCACCCCGAGCAUGGCGUCAUUGCAGGUCAGCCCAGCUACAGGUCAAAGCGUAGUAGUCAACCAAAACGCCGCCGCCCGGCCCUCGAGCUCCGGCCGCACGGCAAGCCGCCCAGAUUCGAGCCACAGCCAUAGACGGCAGGGCAGCGCGGGCAGCGCAUCUUCCAACUCGUCACGAUCGCAGGUGAGUUCUCGGCCUGCCGCCAAUGCCCAACGCAGCUACGCCUCCGUAGCAGGAGGCACCUCUUCCAAAGCUCCAGAGCCCAACAGACGCCAGGCACCCUCACCUCUAUCACAUCCCAUUUCUCCGUCAGAGUCACCGACUGUCGCCAAGCCGCAGGCAACAUCCAGUGCAGCGAUCCAGCAGCUGAGCGCUGUCAACGACAAGGACAAGGGCAUGAAGUCCCGUCUGCGUAGAGCAUUCUCCUUUGGCAGUGCUGCUGAACUUCGGCGUGCUUCUGCUGAGAAUAACAUCUCUGUGGAACGUGCCAAACUGAGGAAGGACCAGUAUCAGUCGGUGGAGGAUGCUGAGCAAGCAGCCAUUAUUGCAAAGCAAGAAGCUGCAGGUAUUGGGGCUGGCAUUUACUCUGGCCAGGGUGGCAUUGGCUCCACGGACAAUCUGUCUAUACAGUCUGCUGCAUCUUCUGCAUCUGUUAUGCUUCGCAAAAUGGGUCAUGGAAUGAAGAAGGGUACCAAAUCUAUCAAGGGUCUCUUCAGACCCAAGUCAGUCAUUGGUGUCCCUGCUGCUGAUGGCCCCAUCAGGCCCAGUGUGGGCCAAGUGUCUCUCGUCACCGUCGAGGCGGAGAGACAAAAGGUCAACGUCAAUGCCAACCCCAAUGAACACGCCAGGGGAGGCACUGGCUACCCCCGACUGGAGCGCAACUCGAUCGAUGCCGGCCAAACUGCCGAGAUUGUCGACCCUUCGGCCCCGGGUGGCGACACGACGCCAAGGAAGAGCAUUGUUGGGUCUGAUCGCGACCGUGCAGAGGUUCUUUCGUCGAUGAAAAAGGGUAUUCUGAAACGCCCUGGCACCAAUUCCCCCGCGGGCUCCCCAGUGAUAAGACCUGUAGAUGCCGUUCCCAACGUCGGGUCGUCGAGAUCCAGCUCACCCGCUACUCCAAGAACAGAAGCUGGGCAGAUUCGCAACGACGACUACUUUACGAAACCUCCUCGCAUCCACAACGGUAGCACGAGAAGCCUUCCCACUACGCCCCACGGUGGAAUGCGCAAUAUCAGCUUCAGCCCUCGCAUACAAUUCCACGACGCUUGGUCACCGCAGGACUACGACCGUAGAGGCGACAUUGCGACGUGUAACAGGCUUACACCGAUGCUUGCACAGCAAAUCAAGGAAGAACUCAACUCUUUUAAAAUGGAGAUGGAAGUUCACGAGCUCUCGAAACCCCACACCCAUUUCUUCUAA